GCCCUCCUCGCCACCAACAAAUCUCCAUGUACAGCAAACUCCUCCUCAUAGGUGUCCUCCAAUGGUGGCAUUUCAUCGGUGUCAGAAUCUUCAUCUUUGAUCACAAUUUCACCAUUGUCUUGCAUCACCAUAACCCGCUUGUUUGGACAUUGACUCGCUAUGUGACCCCUGCCUUGACAUCUAAAGCACUUAAUAUCAUGAUUUCGAGUAGUAGAAGUGUCGGUUUUACCUUGAGAUUCACGGUUGGUGUUCUCAAUCUUAUGCCCAAAUUGACACGCGUGCCCUGCUCUUCCUCUCCCCCGACCCUCUGCACCCGACGAACUCCCCAGCCACCACCACCCAUUUUCCGGCCGGAAAUCCGGCAAAGCUUAGGGAUUUCUCUCUAUUUCCUUGUUUUAGAACACCUGUUGGACCCAGAAAAUCCCGAAUCUACUCUAGUCUUCUUCCCCUGUCCGCGAGCCGUUUCUGUUGGGUGCGAUUCUUGGGCUUUUUUGAGCCAUGAGUCCCCUGCAGAGAAUUCCCGCCGGCCUCUUUCCCCCUGCAGCUUCGGUUCUUGCUGGAAAAUUCUGGUAAUGGGUGUAACGCUAGCACAUGUCGACAUGUUUACUGAUAUGAUCGGUUUAUUCUGACGCCUACCACUAGGCGAAUACAUUGGCAAAUUUCUGUCGCCUGCCAGUGGGUUGUUAUAACACUGGCCAUGACUUAUAGAUGAGACUACUGAACUGAGUUUUUUUUUGCAUUAACGGUUUGUCAAGAAACGUUUUGUUAUUGAACUGAAUCUGAUUUUUGUCAUUAAGCGUUUUGUUAUAUUGAAUGGUUUAUCUGGCAUGUUAAAAGUUUUACCCAAGGGCUAUCCAUAUUUACUUACUGAGUUUAUCUCAUAGUUUUCCUUGUCCACCAUUUCAGGAUGCGAAACCGAGGACGGGGAAACCAAGGGGAGUGACGAGUUAGAAGGCUAGCCACUUGUAAUUGAUAUAGAUUUGAGAUACAAAUUCAUUUCGCAGAUUGUUAGCUUAUAAGAGAUUUGAUCUAGAGAUUUUGAAAUAAUUGAUUUGAGUCAUUGGAUGGUCAGAUGUGAUUUGAAUAAGUUCCGAGCCUUGUGCAUUAAUGGGACCUUCUCACGAGUGCACGGCGUCUGUCGCGCCUCGGAUUUGAGUUUUGGGGCGUGACAUCUGGGUAGGAAAGAAAGAAAGAAGGGGAAGAAGAGGGAUUGGGAGGUGAGGGUAAUAAUAUAAUUUUAUUUUUUUA